AUGCUCUCUUCAAACAAUCUUAUUGAUGAUAAAUGUCCUAUGUGUAGUAUCAAUAUGCAAACAUGGAAUAUAGAACGUAAAAAUUUGCAUAAAAAUACUUGUUGUGAAACAUUUAUUAUGUAUUGUCAUCGUUGUCCUGCAUGUCAUAAACAGAUUGCUGGUAAAACAUCUCGAACACAUUUAAAACGAUGUGCCUCAAAAUUAAACAUGGAUUUAUUUAGUCUCAUGUCAUUAUCAUGUCGUGAUCAUCGUUUUAUCAGGCAUGAAAAUGAAGAUUUACAUACAGCUUGUGCAUUAUCUUUAUCUUUAGAUAAAGAAAUAAAACAACGAAAAUCUGAAGCAAUUUUAGCUGAAAAAAUUGAUCCUAUCCAUUUAGAUUCACCAUCUCAUCUACUUUUAUCGAGUGAAAAACGUGAGAGAAUAUUUGCUGAAAAAUUGGAAUCAAUUCUUCUUGAGGUGAAAAGAAUUAACAAACAUGAUAAAAAAUACGGUAAUAAUGAUAACAAUAGUAAUUCAAUUGUUCAGUCUAAUCUAUGGAAUUUAGCAUCGACAAAACUUCAUGAUAUUGAUAAUAUUAUACAAAUAUAUUAUGUUAAUAAUUUGAUUCCACCUUUAAGUCCUACAUUAAAUCCAUUAAAUUCUAAUAUUAUUUCAAUGUCACAAAUACCUGGUCGUGUUUCAAUACAUAAAAAUAUAAAAUAUAAAUCUAACGUAACUGUCAUAGAUGAAUAUAAAGAGAAUCAUAAUGAUUAUUACUAUGAUAAUGUUUUAAAAAAGGAAUGUGAACAAUUAUCUCCCAAACAAUCUAUUAAACCUGAAGAUAAGUGUGACACUUCAGAAUUAUCACCAAUAUCCUCCAAUACUUUUUCUAAAUGUUCAUCAUAUGUGACUAAUAUUCAUUCUAAUCCAUUACUAUCAAUGGUUGGGAAUAAUUUAUGCUCAGAUUUAUGUAUAAUUUUGGAUGAAGGUGAUAUAAUUCCAGCGCAUAAAUUUAUAUUUGCUGCUUGGAAUUUAAAUAUUGAUUAUUCACAGUGUGAUAUCAUUGAAAUUCAUAAUGUAUCCAAAGGUGAACUUAUUAAUCUUUUACAAAUAUUAUACAAUGGAGAUCGAUCAAAACUUACAAUUGAAUAUAUUCAUCAUUCAUCAGAAGCAUUACAAAACAUAAUGAGAAACUGGGGUUUGAAUAGUGUAAAUUCUGAACUCAACAUCGUUCAAACGGAAGAUUGUUGCCUAACACAUUCAACUGAUAUAUCAACAGAUUCCAAAAUGGUUGAUGAUUUAUCUCAUCCUAUUCCUUCUGUUAUCUCAAUACAAACAUCAUCAACUUCAAAUGAAAUAGCACAUCUCAAUAACUCUUCAUUAUAUAUAGAUUGUUUAAAUCAUAAUCUUAAUCCUAUUACAACUACGGAUUAUAACUAUACAAAUUCCAUAUCUAACUCUGUUGAUUCCACUAUUCUCCCAAUGACAACUCAAUCAUCAUCAUCAUCAUUAAUAUCAGUUAAUAGUCCUAUGAUUCAAUUCAAGUUAUACACCUCUAAUCCAGCUCAAUUUAGUCGUGAUUUAUUUUUAUACUCUGAUAAUGAUGAUAGUAUCCAUGAGAAUAUCGAUAAUAUUAAUAUAGAAACUUAUCAUCAUUCUAAUCAAAUAGAAUCUUUACAAUCUAUGAAUGAUAGUAACCAUCAUGGUACAUUGAAAACAAUAACAAAAUUAUUUUAUUUGCGUUUAAUGUCGUCGUCGCCGUCGAUGUCUACCGUAGAUUUUGUUACUCCUCCUACCACUAUGAUAUUUGUCUUCAUCAUUUAA